AUGCCCCACACAUUACAAGAGAUUAGUGAAAGGCCAUCGAGUACAGCACAGACCCCAUCAGCUAAGAGAAGCCUCCUGCUGCCCAAUCACUCCACUCCCUUCAAGAAGGUGCGUCCCUCUCUGGACUACGGCGGCUGGAACAAGCAGAGGCCUUCCACUCUGGCCCAGCCACAGCCCCCGCUACAAGGAUUCUCCAACCUGGGCAAUACUUGCUACAUGAAUGCCAUCCUGCAGUCCCUCUUCAGCCUGCCUUCCUUCUCCAACGACAUGCUGAGGCAGAGCAUCCCGUGGAAGAAAGUGCCCAUCAAUGCAUUGCUCAGGCGUUUUGCUCACCUUAUGGUCAAGAAGGACGUGGGCUGUCCAGAGACAAAAAAGGACCUGUUGAGGAAAGUGAAGAGUGCCAUCUCCUCUACAGCUGAGCGUUUCUCUGGGAACAUGCAGAAUGAUGCUCAUGAGUUCCUGAGCCAGUGUUUGGACCAGUUAAAGGACGAUGUGGAGAAAAUGAACAAGAGCUGGACAAACGAAGCUGCAGCGUCCUCAUCGUCCUCUGCCGUGUGCGAGAACGGCCAGGAGGUGACUUCAUUGGCAGCCAAGGCAGAGCCCGGUGAAGAGGCGGACACCUCCCGCAUCUACACCUGCCCUGUCGCGGUCAACAUGGAAUUUGAGGUGCAGCACACCAUCACCUGCAAAGGCUGUGGCGAGGUAGUGAGCAAGCGAGAGCAGUUCAACGACCUGUCCAUCGACCUACCACGGCGAAAGAAAACCCUCCCACUUCGCUCGAUCCAGGAUUCUCUUGAUCUCUUUUUUAGGAUGGAGGAGAUUGAGUACUCGUGUGAAAAGUGCAAUGGGAAAUCAGCGACUGUUACACAUAAAUUCAGCAAACUGCCCAGAGUGCUCAUCCUCCACCUGAAACGGUACAGCUUUAAUGCUCAGUUGUCUAUGAACAGCAAGCUGGGCCAGCAGGUGGUGAUUCCCAGACACCUGACCCUGCUGUCCCACUGCACUGAAUCCACACGACCCCCCAUUAGUCUCGGCUGGACUUCCCAAGCCUCCAUGUCCAGAACACUCAAAACCUCACAGUCGGUCAACUCCUCCACAGCACCUCUCCGAAGGAUUGGAGGGAAGGCAGCCAACUCCAGCUGCACUUCCAUCCUCAUGGACUCCGACUGUGAAGAAGAGCCGAGCAGAAAGGUGAUCGCAAGCCGCAAAAGACGCUUCAGCAGCUGUCUGCCUGACGACGAUGACCGGCCGGAAGAGCGAGGAGCACCAAUGGAUUCAGCUGACUUCAGCGGUAUAAAUGAUGAUGAAAUGCUGGCGGCCGUGCUGGAGAUGAGUCGACAAGAGGCUGGUCUCUCGGCUCCACCCUCCAUGCAGGAUGAGCCAACUAGCAGCCCCGACACAGGCUUUGGAGAUGCAGAUGCCCACGACCUGGCCUAUCAUACAGAUCUGCUGGAGACAGACAGCAAGCAGCCUGCAGAUGUGCUGGACUCCCUGGACUUGACCAUGGAUGAGAAUAAGGAAAACCAGACUCCAGAGAGCGUGCAGCAGCAGGGAGAACUGGACUGGGUCCAGCAGUAUAAUCUGGAUCAGGAGAGGGAAGAACAGGAGUUACAACAAGCUCUGGCCCAGAGCCUCCAGGAGCAUGAGGCCCAGGAGAUGAGAGAGGAUGAUGAUCUGAAGAGGGCCACUGAGCUCAGUUUGCAAGAGUUCAACAACUCUCUGCCUGAGCUGCUGUGCUCAGAUGAUGAUUCUGGCAACGAGGACGUGCUGGACAUGGAGUACACCGAAGCAGAGGCAGAGAACCUGAAGAGGAACGCUGAGAGCGGAGACUUGCCCAACUCUUUCAGACUAAUCAGUGUCGUCAGUCACAUCGGGAGCAGCUCCUCCUCUGGCCAUUACAUCAGUGACGUGUACGACAUGAAGAAGCAGUCGUGGCUGACCUACAAUGACCUGGACGUGUCACGCACACAGGAAGCAGCCGUGCAGCGAGACCGGGACCGCAGUGGAUACAUCUUCUUCUACAUGCACAAGGAUGUGUUUGAGCAGCUGUCUGAAAUGGAGAGAUCUGGAGCCAGCACCACCUCUGAGGCAGGGAGGAACGUCCUGCAGCCUCUCUGAGUGCAGCCACACGAACACAUCCACCGUUGAACUCUGGCAGAUGGAGCUCCCCCCCGAACAACCUCGAGUACUACUGAUUGCCGUCCUCUUUUGGUCGUCUUCAGGCACUUCUUUUCCUCCACAGAGCACUAAAUGCCCUGCUAAAUCUGCACCUGUUCAUGCCAACACAGGUGCUAAACUGUCAAGACUCUUAAAGACACCAGAAAUGCAGUUAAAAAUGUUCAGUGGAUCAAAUUUUGCCUCCCAUGUUUUCGGGGCUGGAGUUUUUCUUUGCUAUUUUUAUCAAAACUGUUUUUUGUAAAUGUUUUUCUUCUUUGUUUCUUAAUAACUUCUUUAAAUUUUACUGUCGGUCGUUCAGACUUUCUCUUAAAAGCUAUCAAACACCAGACGCUCCUGGUGCUUCAUGGAUUGUAUGUUUUGCAGACCCUUUAUUUCCCAAAUAAACUAAAUAAAGAUAUAUUCUAUGUUGGAGUAUAAGCUAUUCUAGAGUUAGAGGGGUGUUGUAUUUAGCGGGUACAUUUGGUGCAAUAUUUAUGUUGUGGCAUAAACUGGCCAAUUCAAAUCAGCUUUCUGUCACCGUGUGGAUGUUUUCCCAGUUGCUUUUUGUGUUUUACUUACAGACUAAUUUGUGUGUGUGCGGUUGUCUCCAUAUUAUAGAUUUGGAAAGAAAAAGAGAAAAAAAGCUAAUAACAGAGCCUGUUUUGACUGAGCUUUUCUCAGUAAAGCCUACUUUCUUUUGGGAUUUUGACUCUGUGCCUCCCAAGAAAACUUUUUUAUAAAUAUGUGUACAAGCUUUACUUUGAAAGUUGCACAACUUUGUUGUUUUUGAAUGUCUGUCAGAUCUCAACAAUGUGUGUAAGUCAGAUUUUCCUUUAUAAAAAGCCAACAGAUUUUCUAUUUAUUGCAACACGGGUUCGAUUCAUGUGAAUUAACCCGUCACGAUAUGCCACGGCAAAUAGAAGUCAUUAAUACUAGACCACCAGGGAAGCUAGCUAUCGCGUAACGUCUUUAAAUUCACCAUCUCUAAGGCCAGUAUACAGAACUUAACACAUUAGACCUCUGCUAACAUGUUCAGCUCGUUCCUAUCAGCUGUUUGCUUGUAGAAUGGAACAAGAGGAAGUAUUGUUAUUCCUGUACUGUUCUGACACUAGACACCGGUUGUACAGCUUUUUUUUUGUUUAUUGCCACUGUAAAAAUGAAACCACAUUUCAGAACACCAUGGCUAAUGUGCAACACUGAACAUGUCUGCUGGACCACAUCCAAUGAUUUCCUCAACUCCCCUCACAGCAGAAGAAAAUCUAUAUAAUAUAGCAUUAUAAAAAAAUGUGGGUCAUAAAAAAUAGGUAUGAUAUUCUUGAUACACAGCCAUAUAUAGUUGGAUUUCAAGGUGUGCAUUAUUAUAUUAUUAGCCUUGAAGUACAGUAUUCUGUUGUAUACCAAGUUAUGAGAGGAGGCGAGUCGCUCACAAAUUGGUUCUUUUUUUUUAUGUCAGCCUUUGAUUUACUUUUCUUGAACAUCCUGUCCCAAAUGCAGUGUAAAGAGGGUAAAAUGUAUUUGUGAAGUAAAGAUUAACAGCUUUUUCUACCCUUCAUACACAACUGACUCUUCCUAAAGCAGAUUUUAAUAAAAUAUAACAGUGAAAGUG